AUGGCGGGACUACCGUGGAACACCAUACACGUCGGUAUCGCUGUAUAUACCUACUUCCGAUCGACAUUCCGGGACUUCCUUCUACUCUCUGCAGUCACCAUCGUCCUGAGAGUAUUCUACCGCCUGGCGCUGUAUCCUGUCUACUUCACCCCCCUCAAGCAUAUUCCGACUCCUCCGGGCCGAGCAUGGUUCACCGGCAACAAUGACUCAUUUAUCUUGGUGAACCCUUAUGAAAGGAUGCAUUUUACUUACUUGGCGGGCAACCUCGAGCGAAUGAUAGCAACAAACCCCAAAGUCCUGAGCGAACUGCUUGUCCAGAAGGUCUAUGAUUUUGAGAAGCCAAAAAUUGUCCGACAGUCUCUUGGCCGCAUCACCGGGGAACAUGGUGUGCUUUUGGUAGAGGGUGCUGAACAUAAGCAACAACGGAAACUGCUCAUGCCUGCGUUCUCAUAUCGACAUAUCAAGAAUCUUUAUCCGGUGUUCUGGUCAAAGAGCAUUGAGAUGGUGAAAUUGAUCGAAGCAGACCUGCAACGGCGUGCUAACCCGGCAGACAAAGUCAUUCGCGUAGCGUCUUGGAGUAGCAGAGCAACACUUGACAUCAUUGGUCUCGCAGGAAUGAAUCGUGAUUUUGAUUCUCUCCAGAAUCCAACCAACCAGCUGGCGGUCGCAUAUCACAAACUCAACAGGACACCCCCCACGCCCUUAGAAAAAAGCCUCUUUGUUAUUGGACUCCUUCUUAACGUCCCUCACUUGGUCCACAAGUUGCCAUUCAAGCGCAACCGUUAUAUCAGAGAAAGCGCGGCUUACAUUCGAAACGUUGCACAAGAAAUGAUCCAUGACGCUAGACAGUCAAUCGAAGGCGAAAAAACGCACCACACCACAGACGCAGUCGACAUCCUCUCCGUAGCAAUAGAGAGUGGCGGUUUUACAGAUGAAGAGCUCAUCGAUCAGAUGAUGACCUUCCUCGCAGCCGGUCACGAGACCACCUCGGGAGCACUGCAAUGGUGUGUGUAUGCCCUUUCCCAGUAUCCCGACAUUCAGACCCGCCUGCGAGAGGAGAUUCGCGCCAACCUGCCACCUAUUUCGGUUGAAGCCCCCGACUCCAUAUCCGCUGCCACUCUCGACUCCCUCCCUUACCUCCAUGCUGUCUGCCAGGAAGUCUUCCGCUUCCACCCCUCCGUACCGAACACGGUUCGCAUCGCCAAUCGAGACACCACCCUUGUCGGUCAGAAAAUCCCUGAGGGUACGGUAAUUCAGAUCGUGCCCGCACUGACCAACCACGAUAAGUCCCUUUGGGGCCCUGAUGCGGACCAGUUUAAUCCCGACCGGUGGUUGGGCCCCGGCAAGGCCAACACCGGCGGUGCCACCAGCAACUACGCCUUUUUGACCUUCAUACAUGGUCCGCGUAGUUGCAUUGGGCAGGGUUUUGCCAAAGCCGAGCUGGCUUGUCUGCUGGCCGCAUUUGUUGGACGAUUCCAGUUUGAACUCGAGGAUCCCAAUAAGGAGCUCAUACUCCGUGAAACCGCGACAGUGACCCCGAAGGACGGGGUCCGUGUCAAAGUAACACCGCUGGAGGGAUGGUAG